AUUUGUGACUGGCGUCAUGUUCGCUAGUACAGGGUAAAGAUGCCCAUAUGACCGACUGCUGGGAUGCACAUUUAUUGGACGCCCAAUAUCCCGAAGUUCGAAACUAUCGCCUUGGUUUUGUUCGUUUUUUUAGCAUGUUGUACAUGUUCCUCGUCAUAGCACGGGAAAAACUGCCGCUUGUACUGAUGGUAGCCAAAGUAGGUUACUAGCCCUGCUAUCACAAGUGUCAUGAGGACGAG